GACUGUAUGUAUUGAGUAUUUAUAAUAUAUGUACGUAUAGGAAUCAUGGUUGAAAAAUUUUAUCUCAUCAAUGAACCCCUUCCCUGUCUCAUGAAAAUAAAAAAAAUAAUAAAAAUAAGAAAAAAAUAUGAAACAAUAAUAAUUUCUUAGUUAACACGUGUACUGAAAAUGAUAUUCCCAAGUCGUAAAUCACUGCAGUUCGAAUUCAUUAAAUCACUCGGUAUUGUAUGUAUGUACCUGCAAACAGUUAUAUUUACAAUGGCGUUCAGUUUGGCUGCUUUUUCGUACAUCGUGGCUUUAAUUGUAGAUGCUUUUUUAAUAUUCUUUGCAAUAUUUCAUGUUAUUGCGUUCGAUGAAUUAAAGACUGGCUAUAAAAAUCCCAUCGAACAAUGUAACAGUUUAAAUCCGCUGGUUAUUCCAGAAUAUGGAUUGCACAUUUUAAUUAACAUAUUAUUUUUAAUAAGUGGACAGUGGUUUUCAUUACUUUUAAAUGUUCCAUUAAUAGCGUAUCAUUUAUGGCAAUAUUUUCAUAGACCUGUUAUGUCUAAACCAGGUCUUUAUGAUCCUACAAGUAUAAUGAAUGCUCAGGUUCUAAUGAUUCACCAAAGAGAAGGAUGGAUUAAACUAGCAUUUUACCUUUUAUCAUUUUUUUAUUAUUUAUACGGUAUGAUCAGUUCAUUAAUUCAUUGAAAAAGGUAUUCCUUAUUGUGUUUUCAAUAACUUUCUGCAUUUUUUUUUUUAAUAUGUAUAAAGUCAGUGUCUAUGAAUAAGUGGAAGGAUAUUUAAUAUGUUAAAAUGUUAAGAUUUUUAAAAAUAAAGCUUAAUGUUUGGA